AUGACCACAGCUCCGCCAACAGAGUCGCCGGACGACUACGGUGCCGGGACGUACACCGACACAAGUUUUACACCAGUGCCACAAGAAUGUAGGCGACUGUUGAAGGUCUUUGCUGCAAAGACGCCGGGAUUUACGCAGGAUCAAGGUCUGCUUGACGGUGUCAAGUUCGAGGGCGACGACCUCCCCUGCAUCCCCGGACCGAUCAAGGCACAGGCUGUAACGGCAGUACUCCAUGCAAUGGUCGGUAUCGUGGGUCUUGAACUCCUUCAUCUUCGCGGCGAGACUGUCAGCGCCACGACGUACGUCAACACGAACCACGCAGGACUGUAUCCAGCCACUCCCGGGCUGGUCACAGUGGACGGACAGACAGGCCCGGCCGUUAUCGCGCUGCCGACGGUGCCUCAAUGGGAUAAAGACCGCCAGUCGGGCUCUCCUUUGAUCUAUCGUUCGACGGCCAUCUAUCCAACCGCCGAAGAGGGAACGUGGUUCCAGCUUCAUGGCUCGCUUGAUUCGUGGGCCAUGCUACAGACGAUCGGCAUUACAAGGGACGACGAAGCGAGUGUGCGAUCAAAUGAUGAUGCUUACAGGCUGAUUGGCGAACGCGUGCGCACAUAUCGUGCGCGCGAACUCGAACAGCUCAUGCUGGAGCAUGGCCUCUCCGGCUCGAUAGUUCUCUCCCCGGAGAGCUGGCGAAGCACGGAAAUGGGCAAGUCCCUCGCGCGGCAUCCACUCGUCAACUAUACAAAGCACGGAGGCGGUCCGUCUCUGCCUCCGACGCCUCACCUCAAGCUCGCCGAUAAACGGCCCCUGGCUGGAAUCAAAGUCGUUGAACUGGCGCGCAUCAUUGCCGCCACGGCGGCGGGCGCCGCUCUCGCAUCGAUGGGUGCCGAGGUCAUCCGCGUCAACUCAUCCAAGCUCAAGGACUACACGCCGGCGCAGCCUUCCUCUCUAAUGGCCGGCAAGGUUACAAUCGAUCUGGACCUUGACGAACCCGCCGAUCACGCGCGCCUGACACGGCUUUUCGAAGAAGCCGAUGUAAUCAUCCAAGGGUACCGCCUGGGCUCUUUCGCACGUCGUGGGUUCGGCUUCGAGGACGCGCAGAAGAUCGCAGAGAAGCGUGGCAGAGGGAUCGUCUACGUGGACGAGAACUGCUAUGGUCCGGACGGCUACUACGCCGAGCGGCCCGGGUGGCAGCAAGUGGCCGACGCAGCCGCAGGAAGCUCCUACGUGAUGGGCCAGGCAUUUGGCUGCCCGAGGGGGCAGGGAGUGCUGCCGAGUCUGCCCAUCUCGGAUAUGUCGACGGGCAUUCUGACGGCGCUGACCAUCAUGUGCGGCCUCCGGGACCGCGCAAAGGUUGGUGGCUCUUAUCACGGGCAUGCCGCACUCACAGCCUACAAUAUGGCAACACUAGAUCCGGAUGUCGGACUGUACCAACGGGAUGUGGUGCAGAAGAUCCAGGAAAAGUAUCGCUUCGCGCCGUGGUCCAGCGAUGCGCAUGUUGCCCCGCUGUACUACAAUAUCAUCAAGGCCUGGGAUGAGAACAGCGACCUGGUGAAGAACGAAGACUACUACGUGCACUUUUCCAACUCGGUGUUUGGGGACCAAUUGCGUGUGCUUGGACCUGUGGUCAGGUAUGCUGAUGAGAAGACGACGCCCAGGUGGACGAGUCCGCCAGUUCCCUUUUGCCACCACGAAUUUCGAUCCUUUUCUCGCUCGGUCUAG